AUGUCGCUGGAUCUCACGGACCAGAAGCGGAGCGGACACUUCGAGGCGCCAAUCUGCUGCGGGGAAUGCAAACAAACUGGACGAAGCGUCGCCGGGUUUCCCGGAGCGCGGCCACCCCGGAUUCCUCCGGGAGAGGGGGGAAGCGCGAGACGGACGGUUCCCAGAGCCCGCCGCUAUUUCGGGAGCCACACAGGGCCUGGCCCCUGCGCUCGAGGGGGUCGUCUCGUCGGCGCGCCGGCCGUCGAAGGAUCCUGCUCCAGGGACGUCGCGAGGACAGCCGGCGUGUACGUGGCGAGCGAACGCGCGGUCGAGCCGUGGGGAAGGCAGCAUCGCCAGGCGGGAGGAGAGGGCACCAUGUGGCGCCCGCUGCAGGUGGACGGCGCGCGGCUGUACCCGCUGGAGAACUCGAGGCGCCACCACGCCGACCGCUUCGAGGUGGUGCGCGCCGAGAAGCCGAGUGUGGUGCUGCGGCGCGGCCAGGAGUUCGACCUGCUGGUGCGGUUCCGCGAGCGCGCGCACGACGUGUCCAAGGACGCGCUGCAGCUGGUCUUCAGCUUCGGUUCCAAGCCCGACCCUGUCAGAGGAACCAGAAGAAUACUCGUAUCAGGUAGCACCUUCUACAGAAACCAAGACAACUGGGACGCGAAAAUGAUCACCAAGGAUGAGAACUCAAUCAAGCUAGAGGUUCGCAGCCCGCCAGACGCCCCUGUGGGCGAGUGGAGGCUGCGUAUAGAGGCCAGGCUGAAGAUACAGCCCAGAGCCCCGCCUGCUACCUACAACUACCCUGACGCCAUCUACUUGCUGUUUAACCCCUGGGCUAAGGGUGAGCUUCGCAUGGUCACCCAGUGUACUGGACAUCACACUUUAUCCUGUUAG